AUGGCCGAGCCGGAGCGCACCGGGGCGCGGGCGGCCGGCGCGGCUGCAGACGCUGCUAGCUCCCGCCGGCGCCCCGCGGCCGUCGCGGCCGAAGCGCCCCCGCCGCCGCCGCUGCUCGCCCCGCACCACCCCGCCGGCCCGCCGCUGCCCGCGCCCGCCCGGGCUCCCGGCUCGCGCUCGCUCAGACAACUGAGCCCCGGCCGCGGCAGCACAAGAACUCAUGCAAAUCCCGGACGUCAGCGGGCGGGGCCUCGCCGGGCCCAGCGCGGCGUCAGGGGGCGGGCCGCAGCGCGGAUUGGCGCAGCCGGGCCUACCGGAGGCCCCGGGCCUGGGCGGCGGGGGGAGGAGGAAAGGGCGCGGGUGCGGUGGGGGCGGAGGACGGCUCUUCGGGUUUAUAGAAGCUGGGUGGGCGCACAGGAAAAGAUUUUUCUAUUGCCGUGUUUGGCUUUUCCCCGGCAUUCUUGCCCAAGGCGAAGAACUGUCGCGCGGGGCUCCACCGCGGAAGAAGAGGGGUCGCGAGGCUGGCGCGGGAAGCACUGUAGGCGGCAGUCGCCGGUCUACGCCGACCCAGAGGCACAAGCCGGUUGCGCCGUCGUCCAUCGGGAGGACUCCCGGAGGGGCCGCCCAAGCACUUCAGAAGCCCAGGGGGACCCCGGCCACCGCCGCUCCUGGCCUUUUUCCGACGACUUUGAAAGUGAAAUUCACAAGCACCAGCAAUUGACUUCCCUUCCGUGGUUGUUUAUUUCGUCUUCGUGGAUGGUAGGCAGAUGGGGAGAGAGGGCCCUACCUGACAUCUGUGGCUGGUCCCUAGAGCACCCCUACCAGCGGGUGUGGGGAGGAGCUCGGGUCCGUGGAAGAGCGAAUGGACGCCAGGAGGUGGGACAGAAUCCUGGGAAGGUACAGUGGGAGCCCCUGGAAGCUCCCCUGAUGCCCCAGAGAGCCCUUCCUAGGAAACCUCCCACGGAGCUGCCCCAUGCCGUCCCACCCCGCUGUCUUGGCCCCUCCAAGGGAGCGGCAGGAGACACUAGCCCUAAAUCCGGGAUUCCCUGAGCCUUCUGCUCGGGCUCCUGUUCCCGACCUCGGACAACAAGAGCCCCACCGGCCGCCGAGAACGGCCGCUGGCCUGCUCAUUUGAUACUGUCCCCUCCCAGACAGGAGCUGCUUGAGCCCUUGGUCCUGCUGCCUGACUGAAGCCUUCCAGAUGCCACCUCUGUUUGGGCCCCCGGGGCCCUCAGGGGCCCCAGGAGAGGAGAGCUGCUAUCUAGCUCAGCCACAGGCUCGUUCCUGGAGGGGACAAGGCUGAAGGAGUGGACCCUGGAGAGGUCGGGAACCUUUUAACAGCCGUGGACUGAAGGGUGAUUACUGAGAGUCCGGUCUGGGAAGAAGCAUGAUCCGCGCCAUCCUGGGGAAAUAAACGACUUCUUAAAGGAAUCCUCUCCCUGAGCCGGUGCUCUGAGCAAGGAGAUGGCCACCGCCCGCCCACGGAACCCACAUUUGGGCUCUGCCCUGAGGGGGCUGCCUGUGGCUUCCCGGGCAGGUCCCCGACUCGGAAAGCUCUUGAGUUGUUGUCGUUUUCGGCCCUCAGAGGUGGACUGCAGAUCACCCAGGGGGGAUUUACUAGUAACCACUACAAAAUCUACCCAGACUUUAUCAAAAGCA